AGCUUACUAAAUAUUACUAAUUACAGUCUUAAUCUUAAUUAUAAGAAUGAAAAGUAUUCAAUUUCUUGCUUAUUUCUUCCUCUUGGCUUUGGCGUUUCCAUUUGCCUUGGCCUCCGAUCCUAGCCCUCUCCAAGACUUCUGUGUUGCUGUAGAUGAACCCAAGAAUGCUGUGUUUGUGAAUGGGAAAUUCUGCAAGAACCCAGCUCAAGUUGUUGCUGAAGAUUUCUUCUUUCCUGGACUAAACAUUCCAAGAGAUACUUCAUCAAAUAAAAAUGGAGUCAAUGUGACACUCCUAAAUGUAGAUCAAAUAGCAGGACUCAAUACUCUCGGCAUUUCGCUUGCUCGUCUUGAUUACGCACCAAACGGCGGCUUAAACCCGCCCCACACGCACCCACGCGCCACCGAAAUCCUUGUAGUGAUGCAAGGAACUCUAUAUGUUGGCUUCGUUACAUCAAACCCUAACCGUCUUAUCUCGAAAGUUUUAUACCCCGGAGAUGUUUUUGUGUUUCCGGUCGGUUUGAUUCACUUCCAGUUCAAUCUCGCAAAAACCGACGCGGUUGCAUUUGCCGGGUUGAGCAGCCAGAAUCCAGGAGUCAUCACAAUAGCUAAUGCAGUUUUUGCGCCAAAUCCUCCUAUUAAUCCUGAUGUUCUUGCUAAAGCCUUCCAGUUGGAUAAGAAUAUUGUUUUGGAUAUUCAAAAGAAGUUGACUGCAAAUUAAACAAUUAUAAGGACGACAAAAUGCAUGAAAUAGACCGUUACUAUUUUAUA